GCAUCCAAAGGUGCAGUUGUAUACCGUGUGGAGCCAGAAACGGUGCCGUUCGAUGUGACACCGUUUUCUGGAGAUGUGUUCAGCAGAAAUGGAGUGCCGAAUGGUCGGUACACCUUCGACGUUGUGGCAUCGGAUUAUCUCGGACAGGAGGCAAGAACAAGUGUCAAAAUCAUUGUCGAAGGUAAUUCAACUGUGAGUGAUCGACGAAUCCCAAAGAAGAAUACACGACAACAAGUUGGCGUUUCUGAUGUUGGGAAUCAGUAUCGUUCGACGAGACGACGUCGUGACUUGGGUAAUGAUGUUAUUCUUGAAUUGCGUGAAGAUCAUCCACUUGGUUUGCUGCAAAAGCGUAUUCCGCUAGCUCGUGGUGAACGAGUUACAUUGGCACCGAUCACGAAGUCCUACGUUACAGUCUAUGCGAAUGGUUCGUUGGAGUUGACAAAAUCACUGAAUUUUGAAGUGGCCAGUGAGAUAUACUUUUCUGUGCAAAUCGAUGGACCACCUCAUGGUCAGUGA